GUUACAAGCGAAAAACAGUUACUAUGAGACAAUAUUAUUCUUUUCGCUUGCAACAACGAGCUGGAAAGGCACAAACAUUGUUACGGAGUGGGCGUUUGUUACAACAGUACAUGGUGGAUGCUUAUGCUUCGAUCGAAGAAGUUAGAAUCAAUUGGAUUAGAAAGAAUCAAAAGCAAGUGCGUGCAGAACUAUAUAAUGGAUUGAGAGAUGUUAUUAAUCAAGGAGAUGUCAUGACAAAUUCAGUUGGUAGAAUGACAAUUCUUCCAUCGUCUUAUACUGGUGGACCACGAUAUCGUGUUCAAAAUUACCAGGAUGCAAUGGCUAUAUGUCGAUAUGUUGGAUAUCCCGACCUAUUUUUAACAUUCACAUGCAACCCAAAAUGGCCAGAAAUACAAUUUUUCCUUGAAACUGUUGAAGGACAAAAAAGUGACGACAGACCCGACAUCAUUAGUCGUGUUUUCCCUAUUAAGUUAUGGGAGCUAAUCAAUCAUAUUAAACGUCAACAAAUAUUUGGUAAAGUCACAGCAGUUGUGUACACUGUUGAAUUUCAAAAAAGAGUUGAACGAUUUAUGAUACAUGGACCAUGUGGUAUUUUAAAUAAAAAAUCUCCAUGUAUGGUUAAUGGAAAAUGUGGGAAGCACUAUCCAAAGAGAUUUCAUGAUAAAACAUCAAUAGAUGAAGAUGGGUUCCCUAUAUAUAUGCGACGAAAUGGUGGUCGAUAUAUCUUGAAGAAUGGUAGCCAACUUGAUAGUCGGUAUGUGGUCCCAUACAAUAGACAUCUUUUGAUAAAAUAUGAUGCCCAUAUUAAUGUUGAGCUUUGCAAUCGUUCUAGAUCAAUUAAAUAUCUUUUCAAAUAUAUCAACAAAGGUCCUGAUCGAAUUGAUAAUACCAUAUCCGCAGAAAUUCCGGAUAAAGAUAUUGACCCUCUUACUUUUAGUGCAGUUGAACGAUUUAUGAUACAUGGACCAUGUGGUAUUUUAAAUAAAAAAUCUCCAUGUAUGGUUAAUGGAAAAUGUGGGAAGCACUAUCCAAAGAGAUUUCAUGAUAAAACAUCAAUAGAUGAAGAUGGGUUCCCUAUAUAUAUGCGACGAAAUGGUGGUCGAUAUAUCUUGAAGAAUGGUAGCCAACUUGAUAGUCGGUAUGUGGUCCCAUACAAUAGACAUCUUUUGAUAAAAUAUGAUGCCCAUAUUAAUGUUGAGCUUUGCAAUCGUUCUAGAUCAAUUAAAUAUCUUUUCAAAUAUAUCAACAAAGGUCCUGAUCAAGACGCGUGUUAUGCACUUGGUUUACUAGAGGAUGAUAAAGAAUUUGAUGAUUGUAUUAAAGAAGCAGCGGCAUGGGGUACUGGAAUUCAACUACGCCAGCUGUUCUCAACAAUUUUACUGAAUUGUACUGUUAUUAAUCCAGAGAUACAAAAACAUCUUAGAAAGGCCGGCAAGUCUUUGGAAGAUUACAAAGGAAUAGCCAUUCCCAAUAGCAAUGUAAUUGAGGAACUGAACAACCGUCUUAUUACGGAGGAGCUAAAUUAUGACAUGUUAAAAAUGCAUGAAGAAUACUCUCAGUUGCUACACGGUCUUAAUUCAGAUCAAAAGGCAAUUCAUGAUUUUGUGCUUCAAUCAAUUACUUGA